AUGGCCGCCAAUCAGCUCGCUAGUAGCCGCGCGGGGCUUCCCACGGGCGCCAUCUUUGCCGUAUGGACCAUGCUGCUACUGGCCUCGUCCUCCACCGCCUUCGAACUGCCCUCGUUUCUUAAAUCCGUCAUCUCGGUUGAAAGGGUCAACAACAACGCCAACCGGCCAACGGGAGCCACCGCGUACCAGGCCAACCAGCCCUACGAUGGUAUCGAAAUCCCUCUGACUGGUCGCUUCGUCUUUCGGCCUGCCCUCUUCUGGCUCGAGGGAGGCGUACUGGGAUUCUGCCUGCUUUUCAUCCUCAUCCAUAUCGUAGGCAAGACACGCAACCGUCAAAUUGCUCAACGCUUCGCCUCGGCUGCUCUCCCUACUUUGGAACAAGAGUUUGCCGUGGUUGCCAAUGACGAUGGCAAGGGUCACCUGCUGUGGAACGGUGGCAAUGCGGCGCUCAUGUUUGCUUCCGGCCGAAGAGGAUGUGCCAGCCUUCACGUCACCUUUGACCUGAUUCCUCGACACGACCCCAUGGAGAUCCUCUACAGCUUUGCAAAGGACAUUGCGCUGGCUUCCACCACCUCUUCGUUCCGCGACACCAUCACCCUCACCUUUACCUUGCCCCCCACUGCGGACAACGUCUCGGGCGUCUUUGCCCUCGUCAACAAGGGCGCAUUGCAGCACACGCGCAGUGGACGCUUCGACCUUACGUUCGCCAAAGUCGUCGACUCGGACAGUGCCGUCACCUCGCGCGGCCUCUCGAAGCAGUGGGCCGUCAUGAGCGAAGCCGUCGAACUCACCGACACUUUCCUCGGCGAGCCGGACCAGAAGGGUGUCGCACAGCGCGCCAAGCUCGGCCUGGUCGACCUUCUCGAGGGUCAAGCCGGCCGCUUCCUCGACAGCAUCGUCCUGACCGACCAGCCCUCGGAGCGACCCACCAAGGGCCCUAUCCCUGCAGAGAAGCGCCAGCGUCUGCUCGUCCUCACCGCGCAAGCGCCCAAGUCGCGCGCAGACGCCCAAAAGGCAGCUGAACUGCUCCAGCUCGGCUGCAACCUGGUCGAUGCGCUCGAGCAAGGCGUCGUCAAGCUGCGCAACGAGACGCUCGCCAAGCUGCGCAAGACGCGUGCCGCGGUGGACAAAGAGCUGCAGGACGAGGCGACCAAGGAGCAGCGCGAGGCCGAGCAGGAGGCAAGGGAGGAGGCCAAGCGCAAAGCCGAGAAGGCCAAGUUUGAUAAGCUCAGCCCGGCAGAGCAGGCCAAGCGCAAGGAGGUUGAAAGGAAACGUGCGCUCAAGAAGGGGUCGCAGAAGGUGAGAUGA